UGUAUCACACAUCAGAAGGCUUUUUGGCUUGAAACUUGUGUUUAUUUUCUUUAGCGGACAUCCAGUUAUCCUUGGUUCUAUCGUUAUUCUUGACAGGUACACAAUUGGAUAUAUAAGUGGCUGUGUAAUACCGAAGAAAGUCUAAAACUUGUUACAAAACGGUCCCUUGGACGAUAAAUACACUAGCGUAGGGGCUAGUAACGUUAGUAGUUAGCUAAUUCUGUAGCUAAUUAGCUAGCUAGCAACAACAAGGAAAGAUGGGGUCGAUUCUUAGCCGGAGAAUCGCUGGCGUUGAGGAUAUUGAUAUCCAGGCGAAUUCUGCAUACAGAUUUCCACCGAAAUCGGGGAAUUACUUUGCCAGCCAUUUUUUCAUGGGAGGGGAGAAAUUUGACACCCCCCAUCCAGAGGGUUACCUAUUUGGAGAAAACAUGGAUCUGAACUUCCUUGGAAAUAGGCCUGUACAAUUUCCGUACGUGACCCCGGCACCCCAUGAGCCUGUGAAGACCCUGAGAAGUCUGGUCAAUAUCAGAAAGGACUCCCUGCGCUUGGUCAGGUACAAAGAUGACACUGAUGCUCCAGUAGAGGAAGGAGGGAAGCCAAAGGUUCUGUAUGGUGUGGAGUUCACAUUUGACGCUGAUGCUCGUGUGGCUAUCACCCUGUAUUGCCAAGCUUUUGAGGAAUUCACCAAUGGGAUGGCAAUGUACAACCCAAAGGGCCCAGCCCUGGUUUCUGAGACUGUACACUAUAAGAGGGGUGUGAGCCAACAUUUCUCCCUGCCUUCUUUCAAAAUCGAUUUCACCGACUGGAAGGAGGAGGAUCUGAACUUUGAGCUGGACCGGGGUGUUUUCCCCAUGGUGAUCCAAGCUGUGGUGGAUGAAGGGGAUGAUUGCUUGGGACAUGCACAUGUGCUGCUGGCAGCCUUUGAGAGACAUGUGGAUGGCAGUUUCUCCGUCAAGCCUCUGAAGCAGAAGCAAAUUGUGGAUCGUGUGAGCUACCUGCUGCAGGAGAUCUAUGGAAUUGAAAACAAAAACAACCAAGAGACCAAGCCGUCGGAGGAUGAGAACAGUGACAACAGCAAUGAGUGUGUUGUUUGUCUGUCAGACCUCCGAGACACCAUCAUCCUGCCCUGCAGACACCUGUGUCUCUGCAACUCCUGUGCUGACACCCUGCGUUACCAGGCCAACAACUGUCCUAUCUGCAGACUGCCCUUCCGAGCCUUGCUGCAGAUCAGAGCUGUGAGGAAGAAGCCUGGGCCGCUGUCCCCUGUCUCUUUCAGCCCUGUACUGGCUCAGACCAUGGACCAUGAUGAGCACUCGAGCUCGGACUCGGUUCCCCCAGGCUUUGAGCCCAUCUCUCUGCUGGAGGCCCUGAACGGCCUGCACUCUGUGUCCCCCUCCAUCCCCCCCGCCCCCCUCUAUGAUGAUAUUAACUUCUCUGGGAGCCUGGUCGGGGAGGGCCGUCCGCUGGGCUCCCCAGAACACUCCGGUGACGGGGGCCUGCAGAAGGGCAAAGUCAGCAAGUCACCUGACAGCACCCUGAGGUCGCCCUCAUCACCCAUCCAGGAGGAGGAUGAGGAGAAGCUGUCUGAGAUGUCGGACGCCCAGCCUCACACACUGCUCUCCAGCAGCCCUGCUCCCACCGAGGCCACCGCAGCCGAGGAUGUACCGGAGUCCAUCUCCCCAGAUGAUGAGGACAGGCUGCAUUCUGGAGGAGAGAGACAGAUCCUUCAGGACUACAGCAGUGAACACAGCAGCCUGACCAAAACAGAGAGUGACCCGCCAGGGGACCUGUCUCUGCCAGGGUCAUCAGAGUCAACAGAGAGCCUGAAGAGUCAGAGUACCAACUGCUCCAGCCAGCCCCUCCUGUGUCCCCCCAGCAGCCUUCACAUGGAGGAUGAGCAACUUGACCCCUAACCUCUGGGCCCAACGGUUCUCCCUCUCUGGCUGAGUCCCAAUUCACUUUCUCGCAUGGAUUUAACAAUGGUGGAAACUCCCUCCAGUCAAUAAUUACACCAAUCCAAUGCUUUUAAAUCCAUGACGGGGAGUGUGAAAGUGCACAUUUAGCCUGAAGGAUGAAACAUUGGGACUUAGCCAUGGUCUCCUCCCAAGCCCAUCCCUCCCCCAUGAUCCAGUCCCCUUGGGCCUUGUAGAAGACCACUCUCCUACUUUGGUCACCGAUUCAUGCCAUAACUGGCAUUGAUUCAAAAUUUGGUUGUGGUGGUCACUGCAAGGAUUUACUAAAACCAUACUAUACCUUAACUAAAAAAACAAGAAGUCCUUCAUUAGAUUGCUUUACAUACAGUUGAAGUCGGAAGUUUACAUACACCUUGGCCAAAUACAUUUAAACAAUUUUUUUCACAAUUUCUGACAUUUAAUCCUAGUAAAA